AUGUCGAAAGAUGUUAAAGUUGUAGUAUUGGGACUUAGUUCUGUAGGAAAGAGUUGUUUAGUACAUAGGUUCAUUUCAAAUCAAUUCGAACAUACUGUUAUGACUGUAGGUGGUGCCUAUUCAGCUAAAAAAGUUAGUGUAGGAAAUAACACAGAAGUUUUAUUAGGAAUUUGGGAUACUGCUGGAACUGCAGAGAAAUUCAAUGCAGUGGCCAUCUUUGAAACAUCUUCGAAAACAGGAGAAGGUGUUCAAGAGCUACUACAAUCGAUCGCUGAUAAUUUUUAUAGAAAAUAUCCCAAUGAAGUCAAUGGUGAUCAAUCAGGUGUAAAUAUGUCAAAUAAUCAAAAGAAAUCAACUUGUUGUUAA